AUGCUAAAAGAGGCAUACCAACAGUGCCAAGACCUGGACGCGAAAAUCGUCGCCAUGGCGGAUCUACAAGCCAGAUCAACUCUUCAGUACUUCGUCGACAACCAUUUCGAAAGAUGUGAGGAGUGCUAUCAGGAGUCCCUGGACUACAUGUCGGAGAUCCUGGAUAAGACAUCCUCGACCCAGGAGACAGUAUCCGAGAAAGGGAAUCUUCAACCAGUGAAGCUACGCUCGCAAUCGUUGCUGCCUCAAAUCCAGCUGCCGUCUUUUGAUGGAACCUUCGAACAAUGGGAGAGUUUCCGAGAUAAGUUUCAAUCUAUAGUAAUUAAUGAUAAUUCUUUGUCAAAUGUUGAGCGACUUGAAUUGGCCGAUACAGACCCCAUGAGCUCAGAUCCGAUCGAUAUCGUUAUCGGUGCGGAUUUGUUUGGUCAAUUAUUAUUGGACGGAGUUCGGAAAGGUUCUACAAGUGAACCGAUCGCGCAAAAUACACACCUGGGAUGGAUCCUAUCUGGUCCUACGUCCACUCAUCCUCUUCCUUUCUUUAUAGAUGCCCAUCACGCUACGUUGCUAGAAAAUCUCGAUGCAGAUCUUCGCCGCUUCUGGGAAGUGGAAAAUAUCCCAACUCAAUCAGUGCUCUCACCUGAGGAAGAAAAAUGUGAAUUACACUUUCAAUCCUCUCAUACUCGUACGUCGGAAGGGCGUUACAUAGUUCGACUCCCGUUCAAGAGCGAACCCCCUAUAGAUUUAGGCGAAUCUCGUUUUGCCACGAUGAAAAGUCUUCUCUCUCUUGAAAGACGCUUUAAAAGCGACCAAGUAAAUACCGAAACUUAUAAAGAAUUCCUCUCAGAAUACGAAGCCUUAGGCCAUAUGGAAAGGGUUCCAACUGUCCCGGUUCAAACAACCAACCAAAUUUAUUAUAUUCCUCAUCACGCAGUUCUUCGCGAAAGUAGUUCGACAACUCGUCUUCGCGUCGUAUUUAACGCUUCCCGCCGAACUUCAAACGGCACUUCUCUAAAUGAUCAUCUUUUAACUGGACCCAAGCUCCAAACCGAUCUAAUUGCAAUCCUCCUCCGGUGGAGAGGAUUCCGGUUUGUAUAUACCACUGACAUCGAGAAAAUGUACCGUCAGAUUUUAGUUGAUACACGAGAUACAGAUUUUCAACGCAUUUUAUGGCGUCCCUCGUCGCAACAGUCCGUUGAGGAGUAUCAACUCUGUACCGUCACGUAUGGCACUAAAUCAGCUCCUUAUCAAGCUCUUCGCGUUUUAAAUCAGCUGGCAGUGGACGAAGGUCAUCAAUAUCCUCUAGCUCUUCCAGUAUUAAAGGAUCAAACUUAUGUCGACGACUGUCUCUUCGGAGCAGACGACAAAGAUCUCUUGCGAACAAUCCGCGACCAGACCAUAAACCUGUUAAACAAAGGCGGCUUUCGUUUACGAAAAUGGGCCAGUAAUGAUCCAACUCUGUUAAUUGAUAUCGAUCCGCGCGAUCACGGUCUUGCGAAAAAUAAACUCCUUAAGAUCGAGGAGACCUGCUCAGUUUUAGGCUUAGAAUGGAAUCCAGUGCUCGAUCACUUUCAAUUUCGAGCUACCAUUUCUUCGAAUUUUGCCAAUACGAAACGCACAAUUCUCUCUCAAAUUGCAAAACUUUUCGACCCGAUGGGGUUGUUAACUCCAGUCGUUAUACCCGCGAAAGUGUUUAUGCAAAAAUUAUGGUCACUACAAUAUGAUUGGGAUGACAUUCUUCCUAACGAGGUUCUCCUAGAAUGGCAAGAUUACUACACUCAUUUACCAGAUUUAAAUAAGAUCACGAUUCCUCGCCAAAUAGCCAAUGGCAUCGCGCUACAUCAGGAAAUCCACGGAUUCGCCGAUGCAUCCACUAAAGCCUACGCAGCUUCGGUUUAUAUAAAAAGCGUCCUCCCAGAUGACAAUGUCUUCGUGGCGCUUCUCGUUGCAAAAUCACGAGUAGCUCCCGUUAAAACAUUAAGCGUACCGAGAUUAGAAUUAUGUGCAGCGGCAUUGUUGGCACGUCUUGUCGUUUUUGUGGAAAAUUCCUUGUCGCUCAUCCAUCACAAUGUCCACUGUUGGACUGAUUCAAGCAUCACCCUCGCCUGGCUUAGCCAACCUCCGACUCGUUGGAAGACUUUUGUCGCCAAUCGAGUGUCGAAAAUUCAGUCUCUUUUACCGAAAGCGCAGUGGCAUCAUGUUCCAACAAAUAGCAAUCCUGCUGAUUGUGCAACCCGCGGUCUAACGCCAUCGGAAUUAAAAAUCCAUUCCAUGUGGUGGUCAGGACCUUCAUGUUUCGACUACGGAUCCCUGGGAUUUACCCACGCGAUACUCAUCCUGGUCGAAACUACUUCGAGUGACGGCUUACAUACUUCGUUUUACUUCUAA